AUGGCUGGUGGGGUCAUUAACCAGAAGUUCUUGGUCUGCCGGGAUACAAAGGUGCGGCAGGCACCUGCCAAGGUGAGCACGAAGUUCCAUGAUUUGAAGGCCGGCCAAACCGUGGUGGUUCUCGAUCAGCCGCGCCAGCUGCCGGAUGGCAGCCUCUGUGUACCGAUCCAGCCCAGAGGAUGGGUCGAUGCCGAUGUUCUGCAAGACUUUCCUGGCUCGUCGACAUCCGAGGUGACGACACAGGUGGAGUCGAGCGGGGAGGACGCAUGGCAAUACGCCAGAGAUGCGGAGCCAAAGGUUGCCUACAACGACGGCCGCGCAAAGGCCGGCGACGCAUGGGCAAAGUACGGCGGCAACAAGAGCAACUGGGAUCACAAC